CGUCUCCGCACAGAGCAAGUGCUGGCGGAACACUUGAGCUGCCUUGCCUUGGCCUGACUUGACUUGACUUGUCUUGUCUUGUCUUGUGCUGUGGGGAAAUGGACUCGGAUACGGAUUCGGAUAGGGAGAAGAGCAGCGAUCCCAAUGAGGAGCUGCUGAGCAGCGAUGAUAAGACAUUUCACGAUGAUGAUGUUGAUGAUGAUGAUGAGGAGGAGAAGGACUCAUCCGAUCGGAUCGAUCCAAUUAGGCGAAUCGAUGCGGAACAAGUGCAAUCAACAGCAGAGCAACUGCUGGUGGUGCUCAUGCAAGCGGAAGCCAUAGAAAUGCAACAGCAGCACGAACAACAACAACAACAACAACAGCAACAGCAGCAAAUCGAUGUCGAGGUGGAUGUGACUGACAUGUCAGUGGCAACAGCUUUGGAACCACCAACAGCCACUGCUGAACCACCUGGCCAGCGUGUGCCCGCCGAGCCACUGAUUGCCAAGUAUAGCGAGAGUGUGCGUGAGUCUGUGGAAUGUUUCUACUCUGCCCAGGAUCUGCUGGAGUAUGGCCAUAUGCUGUCCACGGCGGAGCAGCGCACGCCGGAUGUUGAGUCUGGCUAUUUCGAUAAGUCCGAGAGUGACGAUGUCUCUCGCGAAGAUUUCGAAGCUCACAGUGGCUGCUUGCGUCGUCCCAAAGGCGCCCAUGCGCUGCCAAUCCUCUCCAGCCAAGAGCUGGCAUCCACAACUAGCAGCUCGGAGAGCUUGCGCAUUGAGCUGAGCCGCUUCUGCAGCUCCAUGGAAGCAUUCGAGCUGCAGCAGCAGCAGCAACAGCAGCUGCAGGUGGAGGAGCGGCAGCAGCAGGAGGAGGAGGAAGAGGAGGAGCAGAAGCAGUUGCUCUUAAAAGAAACGGCCGCUGCUGGAGGGGAUUUGGCUACGGACGAACGUUUCCUUGACACACAAAGUGAGCCAUAUGUUAUGCAGGUGUUUAGCCUAGAAGCUCAUCGAGCCCUUGAAUUGCUCGAGGAUUAUCAUGCGCGUCUCUCGGAGCCACAGGACCGUGCGCUGCGUAUUGCCAUCGAACGUGUGAUUCGCAUCUUUAAGUCUCGCCUAUUUCAAGCGCUACUAGAUAUACAAGAAUUCUAUGAAUUAACAUUAUUGGAUGACUCAAAGAGCAUACAACAAAAGACCGCCGAAACCUUGCAAAUUGCGACCAAAUGGGAAAAAGAUGGACAAGCGACAAAGAUAGCCGAUUUUAUAAAAACUACCAAUCUAAAUCGCAAUUGCGUCUAUGAACUUAACAACGAUGCCACAAAUCCCAAUCCAAGUUCAAAUCUUAAUCAAACGGUGAACGCGGCCGCGCAAGCCGAGGCCUUGAGCAGAACAUUUAAAAAUGAAUUGGAAGAGAUUUUGAACCAACGCAUGCGCAUUGAGUCCGAUUGCGAGACUGCCAAAGAUGCUGCAGCCGACGAUGCUGGCAUUCAACAAGUGCGCAACUCGCGUUCACCCCAGCAGCAGCAACAGCAGCAGGUGGUACAACAGUUGCAGCAACACCUUAGCCAAUCACAGUCCACGGCAGCAGCUAGAAGCGGUACUCAGAUACUACACAGGGCAUCAUCGACGAAGGUGAACGGCGAUGACAGCUGGUACUAUGAGGACAUACAGCUGGAGCGCGGCAACUCGGGGCUGGGCUUCUCGAUUGCCGGUGGCACGGACAAUCCGCAUAUUGGCACUGACACAUCGAUCUAUAUAACGAAACUGAUACCCGGCGGCGCAGCAGCCGCCGAUGGUCGUCUGAGCAUCAAUGACAUCAUUGUCUCGGUGAACGAUGUGUCCGUGGUGGAUGUGCCGCAUGCAUCCGCCGUGGAUGCCCUGAAGAAGGCCGGCAAUAUUGUGAAGCUGCAUGUGAAACGGAAACGUGCCACUAGUGCCACAGCAGCAGCAGCCGCAGCCGCAGCACCCACAGCCGAUGCACUGGACAGUGUUAGUGCCACGGCCAUGUCGGCGGCGUCGGCAUCGGCAGCGGCAGCGGCCGGGCCAAAGGUGAUCGAAAUCGAUUUGGUCAAGGGCAACAAGGGACUGGGCUUCUCCAUUGCCGGCGGCAUUGGCAAUCAGCAUAUACCGGGCGACAAUGGCAUCUACGUGACCAAGCUGAUGGACGGCGGCGCCGCCCAAGUGGACGGACGUCUAUCGAUUGGCGACAAGCUGAUAGCAGUUCGCACCAAUGGCAGUGAAAAGAAUUUGGAGAAUGUCACGCACGAGCUGGCCGUGGGCACGCUCAAGUCGAUCACUGAUAAGGUGACGCUGAUUGUGGGCAAGACGCAGCAUUUAACCAGCAGUGUGUCACAGUCGGGCGGCAGUCUGGGCGGCCAGCUGGGCCAGCAGUCGCAGGCGCAGCACUCGCAGUCGCAGACCCAAUUGGCAGCCACACGCCAACAGCAGCAGCAGCAGCAGCAAGUGAACUCGGAAUCUGCAGGUGCGCUUAACACUGUUGGGCAGUCAGUUGUUGAUUCAGUCACAGAUUCAGUCAUCAGCAACUCCACUGUUACCACAACCACAAACAUAACCACUUCCAAUACCAACAACAUCUCCACCACCAACACCAUCAACACCUCCAUAUCCACCACCACCACCAACAACAACAACACCACCAAUUUAGGCUCAAGCAAUAGCCAUCUAGUGCAACAUAAUAUUGCCGCAGUCAACAACAGCAGCAGCAGCCUAAACAACAACAAUAUUAAUAACAACAACAGCAGCAGCAGCGCCAACAUCAGCAGCAACAGCAACGGCAACAGCAACAGCAACAGCAAAACCAACAACUACAAUAACAACGGCAGCAACUUGGUUGCAGUCGCUGCAGUCACACAACCACAACAACUACAACAACAGCUACCACAAGCACCCGCCUCUGCCACUGCCUCUGCCUCUGCCUCCGCCCCAGCUUUAGCUUUCAAUGCUAAGCUUGCAAUGCCAAUGGCUGCUGCUGGUGGCACAGAGCAAAGCCGUUCCCAAUCACCCUUGCCAAGGCAGCCUGGCUCAAGAUACGCAUCGACAAAUGUCCUGGCGGCCGUGCCACCGGGCACACCACGCGCUGUCAGCACAGAGGAUAUAACCAGAGAACCACGCACCAUUACCAUACAAAAGGGACCGCAAGGUCUGGGCUUCAAUAUAGUCGGCGGCGAGGAUGGACAGGGUAUCUAUGUAUCAUUCAUAUUGGCCGGCGGUCCGGCUGAUCUUGGCUCCGAGCUGAAGCGCGGCGAUCAGCUGCUCAGUGUGAACAACGUAAAUUUGACGCAUGCCACACACGAGGAGGCGGCACAGGCACUCAAAACAUCUGGCGGCGUGGUCACUCUAGUUGCACAGUAUCGUCCAGAGGACUACAAUCGCUUCGAGGCACGCAUUCAGGAGCUGAAACAACAGGCGGCGCUUAGCGCUGGCGGCUCGGGCACCCUGCUGCGCACCACACAGAAGCGAUCGCUAUAUGUGCGCGCUCUGUUCGACUAUGAUCCAAAUCGUGAUGACGGUUUGCCAUCGCGUGGCCUGCCCUUCAAGCACGGUGACAUCCUGCACGUGACCAAUGCCUCCGACGACGAAUGGUGGCAGGCACGCCGUGUGCUCGGCGACAAUGAGGACGAGCAAAUUGGUAUUGUGCCAUCGAAGCGGCGCUGGGAGCGUAAAAUGCGUGCACGUGAUCGUAGCGUCAAGUUCCAGGGUCAUGCGGCAGCUAACAAUAAUCUAGAUAAGCAAUCAACUUUAGAUCGCAAAAAGAAGAAUUUUACGUUCUCACGCAAGUUCCCCUUCAUGAAGAGUCGCGAUGAGAAGAACGAAGAUGGCAGCGAUCAAGAGCCGAACGGAUUUGUAAACAGCAACAGUGAAAUCGAUGUUAACAAUGUUAAUAAUAAUCAAGCGAAUGAGCCCCAGCCUUUUAUGCUUUGCUACACACAAGACGAUGCCAACGCUGAAGGAGGCGAGAUUAUCUACAGAGUGGAAUUACCCGAUAUGGAGCAGAUAACUUUAAUCUACUUGGAGAAUAACGAUGCUGACUAUCCUUCCGAGGAGAACGUGCUGUCCUAUGAGGCCGUGCAGCGUUUGUCCAUUAACUAUACGCGUCCCGUUAUAAUACUGGGACCGCUUAAGGAUCGUAUCAACGACGAUUUGAUAUCCGAAUACCCGGACAAAUUCGGGUCAUGUGUGCCACAUACCACACGACCAAAACGCGAAUAUGAGGUCGAUGGCCGGGACUAUCAUUUUGUGUCGUCGCGCGAGCAAAUGGAGCGCGAUAUACAGAACCAUCUGUUUAUCGAGGCUGGCCAAUACAAUGACAAUCUGUACGGCACUUCGGUGGCCAGCGUGCGCGAGGUGGCCGAGCGGGGCAAACAUUGCAUAUUGGAUGUGUCGGGCAAUGCAAUCAAGCGCCUGCAAGUGGCGCAACUCUAUCCGGUUGCUGUGUUCAUAAAGCCCAAGUCUGUCGACUCAGUGAUGGAAAUGAAUCGUCGCAUGACCGAGGAGCAGGCAAAGAAAACAUAUGAGCGCGCCAUUAAGAUGGAGCAAGAAUUCGGCGAAUACUUUACGGGCGUUGUACAAGGCGAUACGAUCGAGGAAAUCUAUAGCAAAGUGAAAUCAAUGAUUUGGUCGCAAUCGGGACCAACCAUUUGGGUACCAUCGAAGGAAUCUCUAUGACCAACAGCCACAACAACAUGGACACUGCCGCCUCGAGUACGUUGUCGACCUGUUUCGAGAACACCAACAACAACAACAACAUCAGCAGCAACAGCAGCAGCAGCAACAAAUCAGCCGCAACAAAAAACGUCACAUUGAUGCACCAACGCAACGACUACGAUGACGAAGACGAAGAGGACGAUGACGAUGACAACACCAACAGCAGCAACAACAGCAGCAGGAGGAGCAACAACAGCAAUACACAUCAGUCAGCCCGAUGUUGUUCAUGUUUAGAAUUGUUAUUGUUUCCAGAUAAACAAAUAGCAAGAAAUCUGAUUUGCUGGCGCCAGUUAAAUGAGAGCCAAAACAAUACGAUAUCAGUCAACAAACAGGCAAUGUUUUUAGCCAAGUUGGUUUGUUCUUGAUUUCUGGCUCAAAGCUCUGAAAAUGAAAAGGAAAGCAAAAUGAUGAAGCGGCAACUGUUUAGUUUAAGUUAGAACAAAAUUGAUAAAAGAGAAGAAGAAGAAGAAGAUAAAACACAAACCGAAGCAUAUUAAUCAUAAGAUCUACUUAAUAUGGAGCAGUAGUAGAAGAUGAUGACGAUGAUGAUAAGGAGGAGGAGGGACAGAAAGUUCGUUAAGCGCUAGAGUUGUUUGUUUAUGUUGAUGUUUAUACGAGAGUUAUAGCGAGUUAGUUAUAUUGACGCUAAUAUAAUAUAUGGUAUAUUAUUAUAUACGCACGCAUACAUUUGCUAUGCAUACACAUAUGCGACUGUAUGUGUAUAUACAUAUAUGUAUAAUAGGUAUAUGAAUCAUUAAGUGCGACAAGCGUCAAAUAUACUGCAAAACGUUGAAUGAUAGCAAUUGAAAUUGAAUGAGUUCAGGCGA